UCAGGGCCGGUGUCGGUGUGAUGAAGAUUGGCGGGCAGGUACUGGUUGCCUGGGAGGACCAUGGAAAAGUUGGAAUAACAACCAUGGAGAAGGCAAUGAAACCCGGGUUGUAGCAGUAACCCUCAGUGAGAUCUUGCACAGAGGAGUCACCAUCCCCCAGGAGUGGAAAAGGACGGGCCAGGACUGUGCUGACCUCCACCUGUUGGGGAUAGACCGUCAACAAGCACACCUUCAUUUCCUGGACACAUCUCGGUUGUGAUUCCUACCCAGAAAAUCUAGUUUUCAGGGAGGUGGGAGGACAGUUCCAGGGCAGUGGCUACCCGAGCACCCCACAAACAGUUCUCGAUGUGAGUCCCACCCAGGAUGCACCAUGUCUCCCCAGCACCGGCUUUGACGAUGAUGGCCACCCAGACAGUGCCUCCUCCUCCCUAUCAAGACACCCCACAGAUGACAGCCACAGCCCAGCAGCCCACCAAGGCACAGCCUGUGCACCUCGCCACACCGGCGGCGACCGCCAACACACCAGUGCCGGCCACGGGCGGAGACCCCCAGGCGCAGCUGGAGGCCGACAAGAGGGCUGUCUACAGGCACCCACUGUUCCCGCUGCUGACGUUGCUCUUUGAGAAGUGUGAGCAGGCGACGCAGGGCUCUGAGUGCAUCACCUCAGCCAGCUUCGAUGUCGACAUCGAGAACUUUGUCCACCAGCAGGAGCAGGAGCACAAGCCCUUCUUCAGUGAUGACCCCGAGCUGGACAACCUGAUGGUGAAGGCAAUCCAGGUGCUGCGCAUCCACCUCCUGGAGUUAGAGAAGGUCAAUGAGUUGUGCAAGGACUUUUGCAACCGCUACAUCACCUGCCUCAAAACCAAGAUGCACAGUGACAACCUACUCAGGAAUGACCUGGGGGGGCCCUACUCCCCCAACCCCUCCUCCAUCAGCCUCCACCCCCAGGAGAUGCUGCAGAGCUCUCCAGCAGCCCUGCCACCCACAUCCAACCCUCCGCCGGGCAUCGUGGUGCCAGCGGCCGCGCUGCCGCCGGGCAACCUGGCCAUGAGCACUGCCAGUGGCUCACCCGCCGUGCCAGGUGGAGCCUUGUACCAGCCCGUGACGAUGGUGACGUCGCAGGGCCAGGUCCUUGCCCAAGCCAUCGCCCCCGGUGCCCUGCAGAUCCCCAAUGCCCAGGUGAACCUGGAUCUCACCUCCCUCCUUGACGGUGAGGACAAGAAGUCCAAGAACAAAAGGGGCGUCCUGCCCAAACACGCCACCAACAUCAUGCGCUCAUGGCUCUUCCAGCAUCUCAUGCACCCCUACCCCACAGAGGAUGAGAAGAGGCAAAUUGCUGCCCAAACCAACCUGACCCUCUUGCAAGUCAACAACUGGUUCAUAAAUGCCCGGAGGCGCAUCCUGCAGCCCAUGCUCGAUGCCAGCAACCCGGAUCCUGCACCCAAAGCCAAGAAAAUCAAAUCCCAGCACCGGCCCACACAGAGGUUCUGGCCCAACUCCAUUGCAGCUGGGGUCCUGCAGCAGCAGGGCAGCAAUUCAGGGACAAAUCCUGACGGCUCGCUCAGCAUGGACAACCUCCAACCCCUUUCAUCGGCCACGGCCACCAUGGCCAUGCAGCAGGCUAUGCUGGCAGCCCACGAGGACUCCCUGGACGGCACUGAGGAAGAGGAGGAGGAUGAGGAGGACGAGGACGAGAUGGAGGAGGAGGAGGAAGAGGAGGAAGAGCUCGAGGAAGAGCCCGGUGGCCUCCCAGCAGCACCUGGCACUGAUCUCGGCUUGGACCACAGUGACUCGCUGGAAUAGCUCCUCCUGCAGCCACCCCAAAUCACUGACACCACCAGACACAAAAUUCCCCCCCUCAAAAUGCCAAAAACAAAACAAAAAAAAGGCAAGAACAAAAAAAUUCGCGAGAGAGAAGCAAACUGGCGGCGCCGGCGGCUGCCCCGGCUGCGCACGGGAGCACGGGCACAACCCUGCCAGCACGUGGAAGUGAAGGACACAUGUUUACAAGGCACAUAUUGUGGCCAAAUUAAUCUUUUAUUUCA